AUGUCCAACGUUGAUGUGGUACAGCGCACAGCCGCUGCGCUCCCCACCCCCUUUGAGAGCGCAAUGGCUGCUGCUGCGACGGCCACCGCCGUCAACAUGAACAUGUCGGCGAAGUCUACCCCAGCACCCACCACUUCCUUGACCUCAACGACGACGGCGACGACAACAACCGCGACCGCGACCCCGACACCACCACCACCACCACCAUCCAGGACCCCGUCGCAUAACGGCGUCAUCGGCAUCAAGCGCACAAGGCCCGGCGACCACGGCAGAGACGGCAGAACCUUGAAGAGCAGGCAAAGAUCAUUCGUCAAAACCAUGGAACCUCCCGUCUUGUCGUUCUACGGCUCGCACCCCGUGCCUCUCCCCUCGCGGUUCGGCAGCCUGAAGCGUCGUCUGGUCGCAGGCCACGAACCAGCGCUCGAAGCAUCGUGGGGACGCUUGAUUGCCGCGCUUCGCGACGAGAUCAAGCACAUCGAGACCUACGGCUCCGACUUGAUUCCCUCGAUUGACUUCAGCGAGAUUGACGAUGCGACCAAGGUUGCACCCUUCAAGACGCAUCUGAAGCGCUACGGCAUCGGCGUCGUCAGAGGCGUGGUGCCCGCGGCGGACGCGAAAUCGUGGGUCGAAGAGACCAAGAAAUACCUCGAGACGAAGCACGAGUUCAAACCGCCGCCCGCGCAAGAUCCGACGUGUUUCGACUUCUUCUGGACGCCCGCACAGGUGCGCUCGCGUGCACACCCGAAGGUCCUCCAAGCGCAGCGAUUCGCCAUGUCGUUAUGGAACACAAACAACGACGACCGGCUUGCGACGAGGUUUCCCAUCACGUAUGCAGACCGUAUUAGGAUAGAAUCUACCACCAAUGGAAACAUUACCGUAAAUGGGGCUCCAACCGCCGCCAUAUCGCCCGAGGACAACCUGAUUGCCGCUGCGGCCGCGGCUUCGUCGGCGCAGAUUGCACAGGUCGAUAAUGGCAGCUUGGAGCGCUGGGAGCAGGACGGCUACGGGCGCUGCGGCCUCUACGACGCCAUCUUCAGGGGCGAGUGGGAGUCCUACAACGCUUGGGAUCCGGCGGGGCGCAUCAACGCGACCUCGGAUCUGUACAACGGCGCCGGCGCAUGUUCGAUGAUGCGUCUGUUCCAGGGCAUACUGGCCUUGACCGUGGUCGAGCCAGGAAUGAUCCGACUGCUGCCGUCCCCGAAGCUGUCUACGGCCUACUUCCUGCUCCGACCGUUCUUCUCGCCGAAGGAGGGGCCUCCGGAGCAAGGCGACAGCGCCGACAAGUGGGAACGCUAUCUCGACGCGUCCAACUGGUUGUUCGACCAGGACCAGUCGACCAUAAUACACGGUGCCGUGCCCGGCCACGCGCAGCGAGUCACCGCCGCCUGGCACCCGCAUCUGCAGCUCGACAAGAGCCUCGUGACACCGCCGACGUUGCAGGCCGGCGACUACAUCAUCUGGCAUCCGGACCAGGCCUACCAGUUCUCCAACACGAAUUACCGCAGCCGCAGCAGACCCCAGACGUCGUCGGGAGAUAGCACCUCGACCACCGCUAUGCUCGUGUACACCCCCGCCGCGCCCUUGACGCAGACAAACGCGCUGUUCCUCGCCCGCCAGCGCAAGGCCUUCCUGCGCGGCCACCCGGGUCCGGACUUCGACUCCACCGGCACAGGCCUGGGCAGCGAGGCGCCGCACACCGGGCGCCUGGGCGAGAAGGACAUCCGCGAGGUGGGCGGCGAAGAGGGUCUGCAGGCUAUGGGCCUGGCGCCGUGGAGCUUGAACAAACCGGUCAUAAAUGAUAUCAAGGUCGGGACGCCGACGCCGUCGGAGGAGAAGAAGGAACCUGCUGCGGAGAUGGACGGACGCGAGAGCGCCAUCAAGAAGAUCAAGAUCGCGGCUUCCAAUACGCAUGCCGAGGCCGAGGUCAUCCGGCUCGCUAACAUCAUCCUCUUCCCUGACCGCUACGACUUUUACAUGCCGACGCGGGCGAGCAGUCCGGUCCCGGUCAAGGAGAAGGAGAAGGAGAGGGAAAAGGACAAGGACAAGGCGGCGGAGAAGCCUUGA